UUCAUAACUUGCCAGAUGAUGAGAGCAAAAUGUGACGGAGAGUUCAAACUUAGCCUAGCAAUGCAUGCCUUGCGUUCCCUGGUGACGGGUGCCCACGGUCAUCUCUCUUACAAAAAUUCCUGCCGGCAGUUCGAAUCGGAACGCAGCCUGGCCAAAGAGCCAAGGGCUGCUUUGCACAUCGAUCUGACAAGAGCAACACACACACAGCAACGCUGCAUGGCCUUUGCGCGCUGCAAAUGUUGCCAAGAUGUGAGCCGUUUAGAAUGGAAGCGAGCGCAGACUACGUGCAGUUUGUUGAGGAACUUUUGCGGGCAUUGCUCACAGUGCGCCAUGCUUCCGUUGAAGUUGCCCCAGAAUUCAAGCGGCUGAAGUACAAGUUGGCUUUGGCCGAUGCGCUGUUCGACUUAUGUCGUCACAGUGUCUCUGCAUCGCUGGAUGCAUUAGCUUUGUUCUCGGCAGUUGAGGAAGAGUUGGGAAAAAGAAUGUGCAAUGCAAAAAUCGUGCUAUUACUCAAUCAGCUGGAUCGUGAGGCUGAUGCUGAGGAUUAUGCUACCCCAUGUGGGCUGUCAGCCAAGCGUUUGCACUUGCAAAAUCCCGACAUUCCAACACAGCCGUGGUGGACGCUCAAGGAUCCACGCCUGCCUGGAUGGAUCCGGCAACUUGGGCAAAGUGCUGUGGCGAAACGAAUUCGCUCGGAUCUGUGGCGCUGUGUCGCGAAGGAGCCAGGUGCCUUCGAUGAUUCGGCCAAUGAUUGGUAUUUCGUCGGUUCCAGGCACCGUUGGACGGGACUGAAUUUGAUGCAUUCUGCGCGGGGCGGGUGGCAACGUUGGUGUAGCAGUUGUGCGAGAGAAACUUGCGAAAGGUUACGAUGGCGAAUGGACCUCAACUACACUCUAUGGGAUGAGCUGAGAGGUGCGAUCAGGGGGGCCAACUACCCACCUCCAAUGUAUGUCAACUUCUAUGCCCUGGCUCCGGGCGCCCACAUCAUCCCACAUUUAGGCAAUGAUCUCCGAUUGACUGUCCACCUGGCACUAAGCGUCCCCGCGAGAAAUCAGUCUCGAAUACGAGUUGCAGACAAAACUGUCAACUACACACGCACUGGUCAGCUCUUGGUUUUUGAUGAUGCAUACGACCAUGAAGUCUGGAAUGAUGCGGAGUCCAUUCGGUAUGUGUUGGGCAUGACAAUUUGGCACCCUGAGCUUCUCAAAUCCGUAGCGAGGGGUCACAGGCUGCUUCCACCAGUGCCUCAACAUAAUUUUGCGCUGUGCUGGAGGGGCAAGACAGGCUUCAAAACGGAUUUGCUAGCAGUAUGUCGUGGACGUGUGCUAUGCAAUCGGACCAAGGGGGCUUAGGGACUUUGUAGCUGCAUCGCCUUGAUCAUGCUGCUCUGAUGUUUGUGUUGUCCACAGGGGACGCAGAGCUCACUUACUCUCGGCGAGUUCCAACAGAUCCCAAGAUAGCAAUUGCCGUUCCAGUCUCAGUUGGGCUCCGGCAGGGUGAUGCAUGUUCUUCAUGGUUCUUCUGGAAAAGCUACACCGAAGACAGCACUCUGACCUGACACGGCAGCUGCAAAAGCAAGGAGCGUGCGAGCACCAUUUGUGGCAUUGACAUUGAGGUGUUUGUUGUUACAAGCUGAGAUCGGACAGAUGCUGAUGCCUUGAACAGUUUGUGGCCUGGAAUGGUAGCAUUGUACCUAGGGGAAGACCACUCUUGUUUCCUCAUUGGACAUUGAUGUCGGAGAUUCGGAUAUUAUUUGUGGAAACAGUGAGCUUUUCAUGGUGCCGAUG